AUGUCCGAUGGAUUCGCCCUUCCACCAGUUCCUGUCAAGCAUUCAAAUUUCAUACAAUACGUCAAAACCUCCCCCGGCACGUCAAUCUCCGAUCUGCUGAGACCUUACAAUGAAUAUGAUUCGAUCGCUCGGAGGAUCUUCGCCCAGGACCGUGACCUGAUUUCUGAAUUCGAUGGACUGUUUAAUCUCGUACCUCUUUUCACCGCCGAAGGGUAUGCUGACUUGGAAAUUCGUGCCCGUGACCCCGCAACCGAGCCAUCAGGAGUCAGAUCCAAAUAUCUCCUGCCGUUGAGUGGCCAAGACAGAAGACCUUCUGGCACUCGUGCGGUCGUAUCUACCAUCCAUGAGUUCAAGGCCAAUUUUGACGUCUUUUGCGAGGGGUCCCUGCGUGGAUUAGACUGGAACAAUGUCAUUGUCGCCGGGAGUGCGGUUACCAGCACGGUCCUCCCGGUGCCGGCCAAGUAUGCCCAGUCGAGGGAAGGCCUGCGUCGGUUCUUUCAUGAAGACCAUGUUCCGACGUCUGACGUAGAUAUCUUCCUCUAUGGGUUGUCCGAACAGCAGGCUAUCGAGAAGAUAAGAGAAAUUGAGAAAUGUAUCCGGGAUUCAACUGCGAGCGAGAUCUUGACCGUCCGCACCAAAAACGCCGUGACGAUUGUCUCCCAAUACCCAACACGCCACGUCCAAAUUAUUUUGCGCCUCUACAGCUCGAUUUCAGAAGUACUGACUGGCUUCGACGUGGACUGUGCAUGUGCGGCAUACAAUGGUCACCAGGUUUAUCUGGCUCCCCGAGCGAUUGGAGCUUACAUCACGCAGUGCAACCGUGUGGAUCUGACCCGACGGUCGCCCUCCUAUGAAAACCGCCUGUUCAAAUAUUCGCGGCGAGGAUUUGAAGUUUUCUGGCCUGAUUUGGAUCGCGCACGGGUGAACCCGGCCAUCUUCGACGCCUUCUUCCCACGCGUCACCGGGCUGGCGCGCCUCCUGGUGCUCGAAAGGUUCCCAAAGGGCCGGGACCAUAAUGAGUAUGUGAGGACGAGGGAACUGGAACAGAGACUGCCAUGUGACGUUUGGAGCAGACCCCCAAGGGAUUGGAUGGUGAAGGCGGAGGAUCCAGAAGUGGUCGAUGACUCGAACUACCAGACCAUCUCCAUCCCAUACGGUAAAAAUUAUAACGCCCAAAAAAUCCGAAAGUUCCUUCAUGAUCGAGACUUGUUCCUCAAUACCCAAGGCGAAUGGAAUCCCGAUCGUGUAGUGGAUCUGCAUCGUCACCCUGCUUUCUUCGGUGAUUUAGAGGAUAUUUUCCACGACUGUUGCCGGGGGUGUCCAGAGCCUGCUACGUCACAGGAAAAAGAGCUUGCCAUAGCCGAAAGCAAGCACUAUGUGUCCGGGAAUAUCAGCUUCCUGCAAGAUAACCCCGGCCGGCAGGAGAUUGGAAGCUUCCAUCCCAUAGUGGCGGAGGAUUGGACAGGGAUGGCAUAUGUUGGGAAAAUACAGUCUUUGUGCGAGGCUAUUGUUGCUCGGAAUCCCAAGGCAGUGCAAAUCUGGCUUGCGCAAGAAUCUGGCAUCAAUGAUCGCGAUCACUUUGGGCGCACUCCACUGCACUUGGCGGUCAUGGCGUCAACACCAGAGAUAGUCAAACUUCUGGUGGAACACGGGUCUCUCUUGACAGCAACUCUCACUGGCGGUCGCAAUGCGCUGCAUCUUGCAGCAUCAAGGGGUGAUUCGACCAUCAUACGCAUAUUGCUAAGCAAAAGUCGACAGAAUAUGGAGCUCAGUAGUAGCCUCAAGGGUGAAGCGCGCAGCUACCCAGUUACCACGCACCGGAAGCUCCAGGCUCCAGGCACUAACCUCUCACCCAACACUGAUACAGCUCCUGACGUUUACGACAUCGAUGCUCUUACACCCGAUAAAUUUUCUCCUCUGCACCUGGCCGUCUUGCUAUGCCACGAGGAUGCCGUGGAGGAGCUGGUCGCCGGGUUUGGAGCAAAUAUUGGUCUCCCAGUCCGGGCUUUCGUGGGGUGGAGUUACGCCCCUAUCUGGCCUCUCGUGCUGGCCCUCACUUUACCCACAGGGAAGGCAAAGAGUAUGACAAUAAAACUCCUCAGCCUGGGGGCAACAUUGAGGCAGACUGACAAGGCCGGUCGCACCCCGCUAUACUAUCUCGCCAAUUCAAUACAUCACGAUAUUCUGGGGGUAUACUUGAGGCACGACCGCGAAUGGACGAAGCGAAGCAUCAACUUUCAAUUCGCAUGCUAUCAUAAUUACUACGUUGGGGUCCCGGCACUCAACAGCGCGAUCAUAAAUAAAAAUCCAAUCAUGGCUGACCAGCUUCUUGAAGCAGGGGCUCAUCCGACGGUCACGUUCAAAACCGCCUUGAGAGCUCACCGACACGAUGCAGUUUCCCGUUGGGUAAAUCAAACGCCCGAAGGCUUCUACAUGAAAUUUGUGCAGCCAAUAGUGUGCGCCGUGGAACAUGACUUACCAUCCGUCGCUAUCGAACUGCUUUUCCGUGGUGCCGACCCGAAUGCACUCACCCCGGCCGGCUAUUCUGCGAUCAAGCAUGCGAAAAAUAAUCAUUUGGCUGGCUCAUCCAUACUCGACUUGGUUCGCCGAAAAAUUGUUAAUUUUCGGUCAUGUGAGGACGAAAGAGCAGCAGAAGCGGGUAUUGGACACCUCUUGCGUGAUUAUGAACGUCUAGAGGAAGAGCUACUCUACCUGGAGGCCAAACCUUUUCAGCAGCUGUACCCCAAUAUCCAAACUCCGCCAACUCACGCAUCCAUUGCUCAUGAUGAUCCGCCUAUUUUUCAAGAUACGUCGGAGUACCGAAACAAUGCGCUGAGCCAGAAGAGAAAAUAUAAUGCCCUAGAUAGCCCCAGUGAUUCGCAGAUGAAGUACAACGCCAAGUUAUUGUUGUACGCCGCAAGGGUCGGUCACCGAGAAACAAUUAAAAAGAUCGCCCUUGCAGAAAGAGGGAGUGGACCUUGUCUGCUGACUAGCGUCAGCGAUCAAAGCGGAAAUUCGGCAUUCGCGCUAGCAGUAUUACGUGGCCAUCUUGAUGUUGCCAGGUUCAUUUUCGCAUUGUUGAUCGAAAAGUAUAACGAGGACAGCCGUAAUGACACGACUCAGCAGCGGAAUCAUGGACACAGCCCGUGGAUGAACGAGACCAGCAUUGGUUCAAGCAACACCGGAGGCCGUGAUGGUGACUCGGUCUCCCUUGACAGACCCCAGGUUAUCAAGCGGGGCAUGGGGAGUAAAAGCGACCCACGCCUCCAGCUGGAAGGCCAUUGCUGUCCCGAGGCAGCACUGGUAAAUUCGACCGCACUUAAUAGCCGGCGAUGCACUCUCUUCGAUCAUGCAGUUUUCAACAACGAUGUCCCCCUUCUGUCAUUUUUGAUACAAUUAGGGCGGGAUAUGAUGGCUAAGCAAAGUGGAUCUGACCUCACCUACCAUGUCCCGGACGGCGUUCUCCUUCAGGUCAUACGGCUUGGUCGGCAGCACUGCCUGGAGGAGAUCGUCAAGUGUGCUGGUGCUGGCCUCGUAGAGCACUUGCAAGCCCCUACUGUGGAUAAAGAAGCUAGAUCUGAAAAGAGACGUUAUGAGGGUCUUUUCGGAAGCAGAAAACAGCAUACAGAAUCUGCCAUGACUCUCCCAGCCAGCCUGUCACCUCCACUCUUGCUGGCUGCAAGGCAGGGCAAGCUGGAAACCGUCCAGUGGUUUCUAGGCUCUGCUCCUAGGCGCCUCUACACUGAAUUCGUCAUGUCAAACGGCCAUGUUAAAAGUCUCCAAGGGCUGAUCAAUAGCCAUGAGGGACCGGGAAAUGUACUUGGGAAUUGGCUGAGCUCAAAAAUCAUUCUCAUUGUCCCCAUUUCGUCCAUUGGUGGGUUUUCAGUAUCCUAA